CCCUACCACAACAGUAGAAUAGUAGAGAAAACGUCUACAGUGACAGCCACUCUGCAGCCGUGUGCCCUGCGGCUGGUGUAAUAGUGUGCAGAGAGUCCGAAAGUGUGACUUGCGACUUCCUCGCUGCCUAACUGCUCAGGAAAUUCUACGGAGUUCUCGGAACAUAAUUUCCCCAAAGGAGUGACGAGAUUCUGGAAUUCCUGGAGUUGUGGGAAUAGGUUGUCGCUCAAGAGCAACUCAUAUUUCGAGGAAGGGCAUACUUUUGAACAGCGGGAGUUCAGGAUGGAGAAAGCGUCACUGUUUUUGCCCCUUGUCAUUCUACUGAUACAAUGCCUCCCCAUUGUCCCUGUUACCGUGUCAACAACCACGCCCAAGGUGGAGGUCCACGAGAACUCCGAUGCGGUUCUGAGCUGUGAUUUUCGGACAGAGAAGGAACAGAAUCCUCGAAUCGAGUGGAAGAAGAAAGGAACAGAUGUAUCAUUUGUUUACUAUGAGGGACACUUCAGAGGAGCCUUUGCAGGGCGUGCAAGGAUCAAGGGGGCAACGGUGACCCUACAGAGGGUGACCCAGAAAGACGCCGGCGAAUACCGCUGUGAGAUCACUGCCCCUCACGACACCAUCACCCUGGGGGAGACUAACAUCACCCUCGAAGUCUUGGUGCCCCCCCACACCCCAUCCUGUGAGAUCCCCAGCUCGGCCUUGACGGGCUCUGUGGUGCAGCUGCGCUGUAGGGACCAGCAGAGCAUCCCCCCAGCCACCUACUCCUGGUACAAAGAUGACAAGCCGCUGACCCCCUCCCGCAUGGCCAACGCCACCUACCACCUCAACCCAAUCACGGGCAUACUGGAGUUUAAGACUGUGGCGAGAGGCGACACGGGACAGUACAGCUGUCUGGCAUCCAACAAAGUGGGGCCGCCCAAGAUGUGUGAGGCUAAACACAUGAAGAUAGAGGAUGUAAACAUGGCAGGGGUCGUGGCUGCGGUCGUGGUCAUCUGUCUGGUCAUCGCCAUUUGUGGCUUCGGGGGGUACUAUGCACACCGUAAUGGCUACUUCAGCAGUGAGUCUGCCUGUCUGUCCCUCUCUCUGUCUGUCCAUGAAACAUACAAUAUGUCUGGCUCUCGGUUAGAAAAUAUCAUUUGCACUCACUUCCUCUUACUUUCUGUCUCCACUCUCCUCUUCAUUUCUAUCCAUCUCCAGAACACAGAGGAAGGUCCUUUUGGAUCCCUCAGUGUCAUGGUGUGGCCCACAUCAGCAACCAGGACCUCCAUAGAACAAAAGACAAGACUAAUGCCAACUACAACCCUCCACCCCAAGACCCUGCGGACUUCAAACACACCCAGUCCUUCAUGCUGUGAGGACCUCGACAUCCCCCUGGAAGACAACACUGGAGUAGUUUCAUUCCACCCAAAUGAAUAGCUCUAAGAAUAAUUAAUUAUAUUUUUUGGGACUGACCAACCCUGCUCUGCUCACCCUUGUGGAUGGAUAGCAAGGGGGGGGAAAGACAACAGCGCGUAGAGGCCAUUUAUUCCUCCUGUUUUGCUUUCCCUGGGCCCUCAAUGCAAGCCUAUUAUAUUAGUCACAUGGUACUCUACUUCCCUCUGGUGGCCAAGUUGUUAAACUACAGCAUAUCGCCAUGUUGUGGUGGACCCAUGGAAUUACGUCCCACACAUGCACACUUCCCCCUCAGCUGGCCAAAACAUGAACUACCUAAAUCUGAUUUUAUACCAAAGACGUGAACAUGGCAUCUGAGUGUAAUAUACUGUACAUAUUUUCUGAAGGCUAUUGGAUACGGCUAUUGAUGUGCAUACAAUGUAGCCAUCACAUUAGGCCUCCCGAGUGACGCAGCAUCUCAGUGCAAGAGGUGUCACGACAGUCCCUGGUUCGAAUCCAGGCUGUAACAUCCGGCCGUGAUUUGGAGUCCCAUAGAGCAGCGCUCAAUUGGCCCAGCUUCGUCUGGGUUUGGCCGUCAUUGUAAAUAAGAGUUUGUUCUUAACUGACCAAUCCAUUUUCUUCUGAGGGCAGUAGAUCUCAUUCAGUCGGUUUGGAUUUUUAUUUAACCUUUACUUAACUAGGCAAGUCUGUUAAGAACAAAUUCUUAUUUACAAUGAUGGCCUACCCCGGCCAAACCCUAACGACGCAGGGCCAAUUGUGCGCCACUCUAUGGGCCUCCCAAUCACGGCCGGUUGUGAUACAGCCUGGAAUCAAACCAGGGUCUGUAGUGAUGCCUCCAGCACUGAGAUGCUGCGCCACUCGGGAGCCAAAAUUACAUAGAUGUCCUCACCCCCCGUUAGUCUAAUUAGCAUACAGGUAACAGAAAAAAAAUCCACAUCAAAGUCCAUCUGUUUUAAGAUGGAGAAAUUGUUUUUUUGUAUGGGCCGCGCCCCAAUAAUAGUAAAGCAGUGUUGGUCAGAACAGGAGACAUCCCUGAAAAACACCAGAGAUCACCACAAUAGUCUUAUGGAUUGCUUCCUCCAUUUUGAAUAUUGGCCAUCCACUAUAUUCCUUUCAGAACAGUGCAGCUGAAGGAAAGGAGACACUUUGGGAUCGAUUCAAUCCAUAAUGAUGAAGUUCAGUGCUGUGAUUGAAAUGUAAAGGCGAUGUCCCUAUUUUCGCAAACUGCCUUCACGUUGAACGCUGCAUAUGUUGGCUCAAUCAUAAAUGACCUUUACAUUUCAAUUGCGCAGUAGCUCUGAACUUCGGCAAUACUAAUUGAAUUGAGACCUUUGAGAUGGACCCCUGCUCACCAGAAGAUGCCUACAUUUUCUGUGAUGCCCAGUGCCUUUCAAAAGUAGUUGUUAUAUUCUAUCUAGGGGCUCUUUUGUAAGUGUUUUCUUGUUUUGUUUAAGCUAAGGUAUUAUUGUGCUACUGCAUUUUUGGUCUUAUAGUGUAUGUUUCUUAACCUAUGGAUGAAGGGGUUGCUGUACGUUUAUUCUGUGUAAGAUGUUUAUUCAGUAUUAAAGAUUUUCUAUCAAAAA